AUGUUUGUUACAAGUUUCAUUGGAUUACUGACAUUUGGAUUAGUUUUCAAUCAUGCCGCAACCAACUUGAUAACCAAAAGCUCAGAAGAUGAAAACAGUGAUCGGCACAAACAUAAAAAACAUAGUUUCGUCUCCCAGCGUGACCUACAACCAAUUCUCUUAGCUCUUCCUCCUUCCCUUCAUGGCUCAUGUAAACGACUUAGAAGAACAAGAAAAUGUGGAAACGGACAUUUACAAAUUAUUGUUCUCAUGAAAAAUAUUUUCUCUGUCUACACGAUUCGAGGAGGCAACGGCGAGGAAUGGCAUGAAAAAUGCUUCGUAUAUGAAAAUAGCAAGCUUUAUUUAUUGGAGUUCAGCAUUUGCGGAGCGAGCGGUAAAGUGCUAGGUCGCAAAACAGAUACAGAGAUUUGUCAUGUGGUUGAUGUGAAAUCAAUUAUCUAA